CUGUUAGAUAUGACGUCAAGCAAGUGAUCCGCCAGCUAACAAACUUUAUGUGUAUUAAACUUAGGCCUAUGUAUUUAAGGAUUAAUAGUUUUCCGAAAACACAGAUAACUGUGUCUAUAUAAACAUUUAUUUUGAUUAUGGCAGAUUUUCUGAAGUCAGCCUUAGGAGGCAUAAUUGGGAGCGGUAGUGGACAGAGUCGAGAAGCAAAUGAUUUUGUCGGUCAAUUUGUUGAGCUUGGUAACCAAAAACUGAGAGUGAAGCGUCUCAUUGCAGAAGGUACCCAUAUAUAUUAGAUUUUAAAUUCUCAACUGUUUAUAAUGAAGGGUAAAUUUUGGGUUAGCAGUUUGCCUAGAGGGUAACCUUGGAGAGAUAGCAACCGUGGCCGCCAUCUUGGUUGCAGUGACCCGCGAAUUUAUGUCCCAAAUGUAUCCCUAAACCUAACCUGAACCCUAAAUCUAUCCAUAAACCUAACCUGAACCCUAAACUUAUACCUAACCUGGGUUUUGACCCUAUCGGAACCAGGGUUUUGACCCUAUCGGAACCUGGGUUUUGACCCUAUCGGAACCUGGGUUUUGACCCUAUCGGAACCAGGGUUUUGACCCUUUCGGAACAAGGGACAAGACACGCAAAUGACGUCAGUGUGCUAUCUCUCCAAAUUAGCGGCCUAGAGUUGUCUCAACCUAAGCGCAGUUAGGUAACUUUGGGAAUCCCAACACUAGACUAACGAGUGAAUAGACCACUUACUUGCAUGACAUGGUACUUUUCAAUUAAAACUUUUUGUAAAAAUAAACCAAUGGCAUAGUUGAAUAUAGCUAAUUUUAUAAAGCAUUAUAACACCAAAAUCAUAUUUUUAAUGAUAAUUUUAUACAAAUUUUAUUUUCAGAACUAAUGCUGUAUUAAAAAAUAAUAAUAAUGUUUACAAUUAUAGAUAAAUUGUAGCUUAUCUUCUAACUAGGCACUAUUUAUAUCAGUAAAUUUAAUAUAAUGUAUUAAUAUAAAGCUUUUUUUUUUUACCAAAUCUACAACGUCCAUUUUACCGAUAUAAGCUAUAUAGUCUAUAUAAGGCAACUCAUACCCUAAUUACUAAAAUACUGUUUGGGAACUACUUAUUUUGAACAUUCAACUUUGGCACAUGACUCAUUAAUUAAAGCUUUCCCUGACCUGGUUUAAUGGUUUUUUAUGAAUGAAAACUCUGAGAUAGUACGGUAUAGCCAUUAUGCAAGUCACAGUGAAUAGCUGACAAUGGCCAUUACAUUUUGCACACGGCAAAUUAUGAUCAUUUAUAAUAUGGACUCUACUGGGUUUUUUAACCUCAAUUAAAAUAUUAUUCUUUCAAUAACAUUCAAGUUCUUUCUAAAACAUAAGUUAUCAAAUAUUUUGAUGUAAAUAGUGGAAAUAAUUAAAUAUUUCCUAAUUAUUGGCGUCUUCCCCCAUUGAAAGGGGGCGUGAUCACUUCCUUGUCCAAAUUGGGCUGAGCUGCAUUACAAUAUAGCGGUUUAAUUAAAUGAGCAUAAUAAGUGGCCAACAUGUCCCAAAGCAAUGAAAAUGACACAAAUAUACAUUGAUAAAUAAUACAGAGUAAGACUUAAUAUGAAAGACAUAAAAGUUGAACUUCUAUACACAUUUUUUAUUGAAAGAUGCCUUAUAUUUAAAGGGGAAUUUCAAAAUACAGGUCGAUUGAAAAAAUCCAAACAAAUCAAUGAAAAUGUAGGCCAAAAUGUCUACCAAAAUGAAAGGCAGGAAACAGAACUCAAAUAUAUGUUAAAAGUACUAUUUAAUAAUAAAUAGACACACACAUCGGAUAAUUAAAAAAUCAGAUAUUUUUUUCUCACCGAUUCCCCAUUUCCGAUAAACAAAAAGUAGUGGUCUCCCUUGCUUUACCAAAGUACCUAGUAUGACCUGAACUUGUGUGUGUGUGAUAACUUUCCUGUUCUUCAAUCAUCAAUGAGCAUUACUCGCAUCAUAAACUAAAUCUGAUGAUUGGUACGGUUAAUAUGAAGUAUAUUAAAAGGAAAGUUUACAUUCAUUUGUAGUAAAAUUCAAGUUACAAGUGUCAAAAGUAUUUAAAAAAAGAAAGACAUCCUUGCUGAUACGCCUUGAUGAACCCCAAUGAAAAAAAAAAUCUACGCUAAAAGUGCUGUCUUUUGAUUAGUUAAAAAUCAAAGUACCCCUAUGCUAAAACUUCAGUAACACUAAUGAGACUACUAUUUAAUUUUAAUCUGAAAUGGACGUCACUGCAGUAGCUUAGGAAAUAUAAAUCUAUUACUAUUACCACUUUAUACAUCAAAAUAUUAGAUAACUUGUGUUUCAGAAUUAAUUUAAAAGGUAUCUAAACCAGAAUAUAUUUAUUUCAGAUUUAAAAACACAGUAGAGUCCAUUGGUAUUAUAAAUUGUCAAAUUUGCAAAAUCUCAGAGUUUCAUUCAUAAGAGUUUGCCCUAUGGAAACACUAUUAAAACCAUUGGCAUUGGUCAUGAAAGCUUUAAUUACUUACUUGUGUAAGAAAGAUAAAAGUUUAAAAUAAGUAGUCCCUAAACAGUAUUUUAUUAAUAAGAAAUAAGGGGGAUGUGUCGCCUUAUUUAGCCUGGUAUAGUAUAAUGGACACCAUUGACUUGGUAAACAGAAAAGCAAAAGCCAAACAAAUUAAUAUAGUAUAUUAAAUUUACUGAUAAUACAUAAUGCAUAGUUUAAAAAAAAGGACAAACAAACACCCACUUUGAAAAUCAUUAGCUCAAAAACUGCUAAAGCUAGAAAGUUGAUUUUGGUUUUAUUUUUUAAUUUCAUGUUUUCUUUAAUGAACAGUAAUACUUUGAUAAUUUUUUGAAUAUUUUGAUACCAAAGUAUGUAUUAUAUGUGAAUACUUCUGUUCAACUACCAGUAUUGUCCAUAGCCUAUAUAGGUCAAAGAUAUUUCACUAACAUAGAGGCAGAGGCCUACAGAUCAUUUUAUUAAUCUGGUUUUUCUAAUUUUCUCAGAUUUAAGAGUAAAAAUUUGCUCAACUCAUUAUUUGAGCUUUGAUUUGACUUGAGCUUGUAGUUCAACAUUCUAAUGCUACAUGCUAGGCCUAAACUUUUCAAUAUGAAUUAUAUUUGUUUAUGAAUCUGGUCUGAUGACUAUUAAGACUUAACUAAAAUUAAGAUGUAGAGCAGAGAAACUAGAAUAAAAUACAUUAGACAUCAGGUCAAGACCAUUUCUUAUUCCUUUAAGAACAUAUCUCUUGUAAUUAUCCAUGUCAGGGUUCUGCAUCAUUUUUUUCACUUGGGCCUUUUUCAGAAUUCUACCGCGCAGACACACUAAAGUCAAAAGUAAAAAAAAAAUGCCAAAAAUUUUUGAUAACAGGGUGCAAACAGUAAAUAUAAAAUUAACAUAAGCCCAUAGAAUUUAUAACUUUUAUACAAAAUCACAGAAUAUAGUUAAUAUUCAUAAUUGCACGUAUUGCUAUAAUGUAUCAUUUGACACAAUAUUGUUCCAUAUUGACUUAAUGUUAGACACAUUUCUAUAGCUGUAGUAUUAAACAGCUUGGAAUUUUAGGUAAAAAAAAUUUCCCCUGUGUAUUAUAAAUUAUAUUUACGUGCCUACAUAUAUUGUCUGUGCUUUUUCCUCUGCUAUACACUUAGUUUACAUACUCUUACCGCAUACCAGUGUGCCAAGCUAUGAUUUACCCACACGAAAUUUGAAAUACAUUGAUUUUUUUUUCCAUAUUAAAGCACUAAAUGUUGUACAUAAAUAGAGUUAACUUUGAUUAAAUUUUAUGCUUUUACAACACAAAAAAGUUGAGAUUUUUAUUUUCAAAAUGGAAAAUAUUGAGUUGCAUACCUUCCAACAUGUGUUGUUAGUAACUACAAUAUUUAUUACUAGAUAUAGCCUGCCAAACAUUGAUGACAGCAAUGUGUGAACUUCCUAUCUACUAAAGUUACUUGACAAAAAGGAUUAAAAAAUUUUUUUUCCUAUUAUUGGCUUCAAAUCAAUAAUCAUUUAACAUGAUAAAGCACCAACAAAAUUAAAAAAAUGUUCCUAACACAACUGAUGACCUGUUGAUUGAUAGCACCCAUUAUCAUACAGGAUGCCUAGAAAAUAAGGAUCCCUAGGAAAUAAGUUAGGCCAGAUUCUCCCAAUGAUAUCCAUAAUGUUUUCCAUGUUUCUGGUUUUGGCAAUACAUGGCCAGAGACCUUGGUAGUUCUAAUAAUCAGUGAGGUCUAGUUCAGCACAUGCCUGGUUUUCGAAGGGAUGGAUGGCUAAGGGAGCUGACUUAUGUUUUUAUUAACUUAGUUCAAAACAUGAUAUGAACUGUUGUAAAUUUUAUAUUAAUUUGGGAAGAAAAAAGAAUUAAAGUUUCAAAGUAAGCUAACCAAUUCAAUUAGUUGUUUUUUUCCAAAUAUGGAUUGUGGGGUUGCUUUUGUCUGAAUACAAUCUAUUAAUCAGAAAUAAUAAAAAUGUUCUCUUCCAAAAUAUAAAAAAAAAACAAACAAAAAAUAUUUAAUUCAAAUUGUAAAAUUGCAUCCCAGAGAGAAAGAAAAAUACUGACAUAAUGUCAGACCAAAUGUCUAACAAGUGGAACAACAAAGGCUUAAUAUUUAACUGCUUGGAAACAAAUUGUUUCUAUUUAAAUCAUGCAGAAAUGAUAUUAUUAUUUACUGAAAACAAUUUGGUGCUAGUUCACUACCAGUAUCAAAGGCACAGUGAACUGUGUGCACAAAUUGUCUUACCAGUCUUCAUGUCUUUUAGUUUCACUUGUACUAGUGGCUUGGUGCAGCAGGAACUGUAAUGGCAAUGUUUUAGUUUAACUUCAACUAGUGGUCAGGGGCUGCAGGUACGGUAUUGCCAAUGUCUUAGUUUAACUUCUACUACUACUAGUGGCCAGGCCCAGCAGGUAGGUAAUGCCAAAAUUAACCUUUUAAAAUUGUGCAUCAUAUUGUCAUGUUUUAUUUCCUUGCCAUCUUGGUUUCUUCAACUAUAAAUAAUAUAAAAUCUCCUUGAUGUAUCCGAGUUAUGAUGUUCUGUUUUGAAAUAAAUAUUUUGAGCAACAAUUGUUUUUAUGCGAGCGUUGAUGUGAUUAGCUCUAAAAAGACUAUGAGAUAAAAAUACAGAAACUUGUGCAUCGAACUCAUAUUGGUUAAUUGAAAACUUUUCUCACUAGUAAGAUCUAAACUACAUUAACUUUGCUUAUUUUAAUAUUUUAUUUCCCAUCAAACUGCCACUGGGAAUUGAAAAAACAUGAUUAAUUCAAUAUAAAAACUUUUUCCUUGUAACAAGAGAUAUUUAAUGUCUUAUACAUAAUGAUUCAAAUUUGUAACCUAGUAUUUCAUCUGAUCAUCAGUUUCUAAUGAAAGUAUUUUUUUACCAACGUGCACCAAAUGAUGACCUUUGUUUAUACACUUAUGUGAGAGCCUUUAUUUCCUGAACAGCUAAGAGCUUUUUAGUCUCAAGGCCAUUUGAUAUUUUUGUCCUAAAAUAAUGUAGAGACACAAAUUAAAGUACUUGAAAAAGAAGUCUAUUUAACUUCCCGGAUAUUAAAAGUUAUGUUCAUAAAUUUUGGCCUACUUUUAAUUACUUUAUAUCAGGUCACCUUUAAGUACUGCUGAUAAACUAAGUUAGUAAUUGUUUUAGCAUGUUUCUGAUUUCACUGAUGUGUUCAAACAGUAUUGGUAGGCUUGCUGUUAACCUAGCCCUCUCACUCUCCUGCUGAACCCAGCCUAACUGGAAGCAGCAUCCAGCCAGGCCAGCAAAUAUUGAAUUAUUGAUUGGUGUGAUGCCAGCACACACCUAAGAACAAGCACUGGCCAACAUGGGAGAACAAGCUCACAAUUCUUGGUCCGUUUUCAGAGGGGGCUGCAUUCAGCCAGUCCAUGUUCCUGCCACCAUAAGUGUGUCAUGUGGAGUUGUGGGCGGGGAGCCGAUUAAAAAUUCAUAGUCUGCUUUAUGUUUUUUCCUCUCCUUUGGUGUGUUGGCCAAUAGAGCCAUAACUGUUGAUGAGUCUCAGAAAUGUAAAACUACAAAUCUUCUUCCUGGUAUCUUAAUUUAGAUAUACUCUUUUAUGGCUUUAAUAAUAUUUAUGUUUUAAUUUGAUAUUUGUAAAGCUUUUUUAUUAUUUCUUUACUCUUGUAACAGCAGCUUACAUUAAACAAAAACUGAAAAAAGAAAACUAAGUAAACAUGAAGAAAAUUGUCAUGAUGUGUGACAACACACUGUUUAACUGUGGAUGUUAGGUGCUCAAACCCAGGCUGACUUGUCGCCAUUGGUUCUUAUGUAUCGUACUGAUGUCAUUGCAGGGGGAUUUGCCUUUGUGUUUGUUGCACAAGAUGCCAGUAACGGGAAAGAGUAUGCUUUAAAGGUAAGAUAUUUAUCUUUAGCAUGCUGAAGUUAAUCACCAGUCCAUGGACACAUGUUAAACUAUUAAAUUAUUCAUUAUGCUUUAGUGUUUUCAUCUUAAACCCCCCCCCCCCUCCCCAAAAAAAAAAGUAUGUAGGAAAGGUAUUUGUCUGUGUGUAAAGACCUGGAUUCAAAAACAGAUAUAACAUAAAUAUAAAUUUGUUAUAAAAGUUUUGUGAAGUUGGCUGCUACUAUUUUUGGGUCACUCUGAGUUUGUGUUCAGAUAAACAUUGUUAAAAAAAUGAUGAAGCCCAUUAUCAGAUUAGUUACAUUCCAUAUCAGAAAAAUAUGACCAAUUAACUUACUGAACUUACUUGUUAUGUGUGCGUCAUGGCAAGAAGAUAAAGACAGAUGGGCGGGACUUACUUUAUUGCUUAGUUAAAAAAUCAUCUGUUGAUUAUUGAUUCUAGGAUUCAUUCUAUGCAUUCACUUUUUUAAAAAACCAUUUAGAGACUUCUGGCCAAUGAUGAAGAAAAGAACAAAGCUGUUUUAGAAGAAAUUAAAUACUUGGUAAGUUGGAUUGACGUGAACUGUUGUUAUGUGGAUUAGUGAACAGUUGUGAAAAUGAAAUUUAAAUGGUGGAAGGCAUUGAGAAAUAAAUGUAUUUGAAUUAACAAGUUUAUGAUUUACUUCCAGAAAAAACUCUCUGGUCAUCCAAACAUUAUCAAUUUCAUCUCAGCAGCUGCAAUCAGCAAUGAACAAUCUGACCAUGGGCAGUCAGAAUACUUACUAUUAACAGAGCUCUGCGGAGGUCAGUGCAUACGAUUUCCCGUGGAGGAUAUUUUUCAUUAGAAAUUAUGCAUUUCACUUGUUUAAAAUUGAAUUAUAAUGAGAAAUCAUUUAUCAAUCAAAUAGUAACAUGUUACUGUGGCCAGCAUUAACUCUCCCCAUUAGUCAUCACCUGUGAGUCCUGUCUCAAGCAUGACCUAACUUGUGUGGUGCAGCCCAACACCAUUGUGACCUAAGUGUUGUGUGGUGCAGCCCAACGGAUGGAGCCCGACACCAUUGUGACCUAAGUGUUGUGUGGUGCAGCCCAACGGAUGCAGCCCGACACCAUUGUGACCUAAGUGUUGUGUGGUGCAGCCCAACGGAUGGAGCCUGACACCAUUGUGACCUAAGUGUUGUGUGGUGCAGCUUAACGGAUGCAGCCCGACACCAUUGUGACCAAAGUGUUGUGUGGUGCAGCCCAACGGAUGGAGCCCGACACCAUUGUGACCUAAGUGUUGUGUGGUGCAGCCAUUGUGUUAUCCAGAGUCAUUAGCAACUAACCCAGAGUGUUAACUGAAUAAGUAACUGGAAUCAAAUGUAAAUCAUUUUAUAACUCUCCUGAGGCGGCCGGGCAGAUCCAUCGAAACAAUAAACAAGCCUCCAAAUGGGCUGGCUGUUCUCGGCACCAGCUUAUCAGAUAGCCUCUUUGCAUGCUCAUCUCGCCAUUUAAUGGCGGAUUCCAUUGACAGUUUUAUGGUGUUCUAUCAUUUUAUAUCAAUUUUUAAUACUUUGUGACCUUGAAAUGUGCCAAAAGGCAUAAGGCAUAAGCAAUCCCCAGGGGAAUCUUUUAUGCAGAUUAUCACAAUGAAUCUAAUUCAUAUGUUUGUUAAGGAUUUAUUAAGGCUUCUUCUACAGUCAUAAAAUUUAACAAAAUUCUACAAGCUAGACAUGUUUAUUUAAGUGUUAAAUAAAAAUUACAUAACAUAAAUUAUGCAGAUCAGGAUAUCUCAUUUGCAUGAAUGUUAUGAUUCCAGUUUGAUUCAUAAAGAUCGAAUCAGUUCAUUCAAUUUCCUACAAGAAUAUACAUAGUUUUAUAUUUGUAAACUAAUUAGUUUUUUAAUGAAUUGUUUUGCAAAGUAUGUGCAUGGAUUGUGAAAAGAGCUCUGACUUUUUGGCCCAGACAGUACAAAAGUCUCCGCCUCAAGAGGAUUAAGUGUAAAAUUUCUUAUAUAUGGCUAGUGAACUACCUCUUGUGUUCAAAGAAGAACCUACAUACAAACAAACCAACAAACAAGGAAAGCUGUUUAUAACAUUCCAGUAAAUUUACUAUUAACUCUUCCUUCUAAUGCUAUUCUUCGGUGUAAAAUUUAAUUUCUUGUUUUUUUAAAUUUAUAAUUUAAAAAAAGCUUAAUUUUCUUGUUUUUAACGCUGUAUCUCUCAAAUUGUUAUUGAAGGUCAAUUGGUUGAUGAACUGAAUAGACGAGGACGACCUUUGCCCUUUGAUCAAGUGUUGCGUGUGUUUUAUCAGACUUGCAGAGCUGUUCAGCAUAUGCACAAACAGAAACCACCUGUUGUUCACAGAGACUUGAAGGUAGCACACUUACUGUUCAAUGGUUAGGUAGCACAAACAGAAACCACCUGUUGUUCACAGAGACUUGAAGGUAGCACACUACUGUUCAAUGGUUAGGUAGCACAAACAGAAACCACCUGUUGUCCACAGACACUUGAAGGUAGCACACUUACUGUUCAAUGGUUAGGUAGCAUACUUACUGUUCAAUGGUUAGGUAGCACACUUACUGUUCAAUGGUUAGGUAGCACACUUACUGUUCAAUGGUUAGGUAGCACCAACAGAAACCACCUGUUGUUCACAGAGUCUUGAGUGUAGCACACUUACUGUUCAAUGGUUAGGUAGCACACUUACUGUUCAAUGGUUAGGUAGCACACUUACUGUUCAAUGGUUAGGUAGCACACAUACUGUUCAAUGGGUAGGUAGCACCAAAAGAAACCACCUGUUGUUCGCAGAGUCUUGAGGGUAGCACACUUACUAAUCUUUGAGCUCUUUCAAAGAUGUUAUUUGCUGUAGUUGUAUGCUCUUCGCAGUUGUUGUAUGCUUUACACUUUAACAAUAGAAAUAUAAAAAGACCUGUUUUUUCCAAUUACAUCAUAAUUUUAAUUAUUAAUGGGUCUAUUAUUAAUGGGUCUAUGAUUAAUGUAAGGUAUCAUUUUGCUUAACAAUGUUUCAUGUUUCAACUUCCUUGACGGACAGGCUGAAAACUUACUCAUUAGCUCCCAGGGCACUAUAAAACUCUGUGACUUUGGCAGUGCCACCACUGUGACACAUUAUCCAGACAGUUCAUGGUCAGCUAUACAAAGAAGUCUGGUUGAAGAUGAGGUGUGUAUCAAAUUGGCGUUUAAAAUAUUUUUGUUUUUAAUAUUUUAAAUAAACUGUUUUAAUUCCAUGCACAUUAACCGCUAUACAUUAACCACUAUAUUUGUAAUCACAUGCGUUGCACAGCUCAGACAAUUACUAUAUUAUUAAUAUUAUUAUUUAUAUUUUGAAAAGUAAUUUCUUAGCAUUUCUGUGUAGAUCACCAAAAACACCACCCCGAUGUACAGAGCUCCGGAAAUGUUGGAUCUUUACAACAACUUUCCUAUCAAUGAAGCAUGUGAUAUAUGGGUAUGUGGCAUCAUUGUUUUGAAAAUAGUGAAUUGUUAUAGUGAAUUGUUUUGAAAAUAGUGAAUUGUUGUAGUGAAUUGUUUUGAAAAUAGUGAAUUGUUAUAGUGAAUUGUUUUUAAAAUAGUGAAUUGUUAUAGUGAAUUGUUUUGAAAAUAGGGAUUUGUUAUAGUGAAUUGUUUUGAAAAUAGUUAAUUGUUAUAAUGAAUUGUUUUGAAAAUAGUGAAUUGUCAUAGUGAAUUGUUUUGAAAAUAGUGAAUUGUUAUAGUGAAUUGUUUUGAAAAUAGUGAAUUGUUAUAGUGAAUUAUUUUGAAAAUAGUGAAUUGCAUGAAAAGUUAUGUUGUAAAAUCAAUGUAUAAUUUUUCUGUUUCGGGUUGAUCCUGAAGUAUAGGCCAAAACGUGUCAAAGUGUCCUCGUUUUAUAGCCAUUUUCAUUGUUUCUAUAGUAUAGUAGUUACUAUCCUAGUGUCUCAUUUUUAUUUUACUUAGUUUACAUGUUUUUAAUAAUUGUAAAGCGCUUAGAGCUUUAUGGUAAGCGCUAUAUAAAAAUGCCUAAAUAAAUAAUACAGAAUGAUAUAUAUUCUAUGAUAAAAAGGUAUUUUUCAAUCUACAACUGACUUCUUUCCAUCCUGCUUGUUAUAGUCAAUCAACUUUCUCGUCUAUGUCUCUACAAACCAAGUUUCUCUUCAUUCUUAUAUUUUCUUUUUUGUUCCCUGAGGACUAGAUUGAAACAUUUGGUUUAGUUUUGUAUUAGCUUUUUAAGCUUUUUAUUUACUUAUGUUCACCCUCACUUCCAUAUGACCAAACAAUUCUUUGUAUUUCAGGCUCUAGGAUGUCUACUCUUUAAGUUGUGUUUUUAUGUUCACCCCUUUGAAGACUCGGCCAAACUGCGUAUAAUCAAUGCCAACUAUGUUAUUCCUGAAUCUGAUAGAGAAUUUGAAUUAUUUCAUGACCUCUUAAGUAAGGUUUUUUUUUUGUUUACAAGGAGUUUUUUUUUUCUUAACAUAUACUAUUAAUGUUUAAAUGAAAAUGCUCUUUUGAAAGUUGCAUAUUUACUUAAACAUAAGUAUUAUUACUGACCGAACCACUGACAAUUUAAUGAGCAAAUAUAUUUAUUUUAAAUUUAGGAGGUAUGCUUACUGUAGACCCGGUUGGUCGUCCUGGCAUCAAUGAUAUUCUAGAAAGAUUACAAGAGAUCGCACAAGUUAAAGACAUUAAUUUGAAAGAGCCGUUGAGAUUUCAAGCGAUGGCACAACAAAUUUCACCAGGUUUGUUGAUUGGUACUGGUAAAAAAAUAUCCGUUUGGGUGCCGGGGGGAAUGCAUUUUGAGCUCUGAAUUGUAUGUGCUUCAUAGUUAUAAAGCGAGUGAAAGAUUCUCAUCGUAAAGCAAGAAAAUUGUACUCUGCAGUUGAAUGAUAAUAACCGACCUCUGUCUUCUAAUCUAACAAUUCAAUAUUCCAUAUUGUGUUCAGAAACUCCAGAAAGAAGACAAGGCUACAGCCAAGCUGCCCCUUCCCAUCAUGCUGGCAAUGAUGGAGGCUUUGGUGUUGGUGCAACUGCUGGCUCCUUGUUCAAUUCACUCAAAGGAGGUGCUGGUAACAUGUUCAAAAACAUCAAAGAUGCUUCCAGUAAAGUCAUGGAGACUGUCACCAAGUAAUAUACUUUAUUACAGUCUCUAAGUACUAUACUUUAUUACAGUCACCAAGUACUAUACUUUAAUACAGUCACCAAGAACUAUAAUUUAUUACUACAGUCACCAAGAACUAUACUUUAUUACCCACCUUCAUCUCUUAAACAUUUAGUUCUUAAUAUUUAAAUUUUAAUGUAAACUUUGUCUCAUUUUAUGUGAUAAGAAGCUGUUGAAGAUGAUACACUAAUUUUAGUUGUCAAAUUUAAAUCAGAAAACCUGACAAGUUUAAUUUGAACACAUAGACAUUAAGUGAACAAACUGCAUCUCCACAGCACUAUAAACAAGACAGAUUUGGAUAUAUCUUACAUCACCUCUAGAAUUAUCGGUAAGUUUUAUUUGGUAUGGCUGCACUUAGAUGUCCAAUGAAGCAAGAAUAAAGUAUGGUUUGCUUGACCAUGUCUGUCAACAAAUGGUUUAAUGCAUUUUGUGACAUUACAAAUGACUAAUUAACAGAUCAUUACAUUGUGCAGUGUUUUAAAAUGGAUCUAUAAAUGUAAAUAAGUCAUCCUUGUAUACCAAGAAUUUCCGUAUGUUUUUUCUCAAAAUUUUAUUCAACGAUCACAUGAUGUAUUUUAAUGUCUUCCUGGUUUACAGUGUUAAUGUAGUUUUACAUUAUCCUAGAUGAUCUGGUCCAUACAUACUGAAAUGUAAUAAAUAUUUCCUUCUAGUUUAAAAAAAGUAAUAUUUUUAGUCUAACCCAGUGGUUCUCAAGGUUGGCAGGACCACCUCUUUGGGUUAGAGGGAAUAGUAUAGUAGUGGGCAUAUGGGAUGCCAUAAAAAAGAAUAUUUGAGCAUUAGUUUUUAGUUUUGACUCGCAUUAUAAUUCCUCUUCCGUCCUUUCAGUUAUGUCUUACCCAGCUGAAGGAAUGGAGUCUGCCUUCAAAAACAGUAUUGAUGAUGUCAGAGGAUACUUGGAGUCUCGGCAUCGAGGUUCUUAUGCCGUCUACAACCUCAGUCAGAGGGCAUACCGUGUAGCCAAGUUUGAGAAUCGAGUAUGUCUACAUUCAACUAAAUUUAAUGGAUAGUUUUCUCAUUAAUUCCUUGAAAUUAUUGCACACUGUUGAAUUCAUUUUCUUAAGUUUUUCUUACUAAAGUUCUUGUCUAUGUUUAAAAAUUGGUUAAUUCCCUUUUGACUUUGUCUUCAGGUGUCAGAGUGUGGAUGGGCGGUCAAGAAAGCUCCACCCUUGACAAACUUGUACGCUAUCUGCAAAAAUAUGCAUUUAUGGCUACGCCAGAAACCAAAGAAUGUCUGUGUUGUUCACUGUUUGGUCAGUAGCACCCAUUUGAAUAUGUCAUCAAGUUCUUCCACAUUAUUAGCGCAACAGUUUGUUUAAAAAGAAGAAGUAUGAUCUGACUGUUUCUAUUGUCUCCUUUUCUUAGGAUGGCAAAGCCAGCUCUGCAUGCGUCGUUGGAGCGUUCCUGGUGUUUUGCAGACUGUUUGACAACGCCUCAGCAGCCAUGCAUUUAUUCACAGCCCGCAGGUCCCAGCCAGGCAUCUGUCCAUCACAGAAAAGGUAACGUUCUCUUAUUGAACGGGGGACAUUUUUGACAUUUCAAAAUGGAAUAUAUUACUAGCAGCUAGAUGACAGAAAGGAAUAAUGAUAUAUUUUGAUGUUAUUUAUCACCAUCAGGUACAUGGACUACAUUGGUCAGAUGGUGUCAGACACACCUGCAUUACCUCAUUCUCAAGCUGUCAUGUUGAAGUCACUCACUCUUAGACCUCUGCCUUUAUUCAAUAAGAUGAAGUAAGUAAGGGUUAUUGUUUGACAUUCUCUUAGUUAUUCACUUAGCACAAAAAUACCUUAUCACUUAAUUUUCCACAAGCCUUCUAUUUGAUUCUCUAACCAUUGACCUCUGCUACAACCUUUUUGAAAUGUUGUUUGGCAGAAAUGGCUGUACACCAUUUGUUGAAGUAUAUGUUGGGGAAGACAGAGUUGUGUCUGGCUCCCAGGAAUAUGAGAAAAUGAGGUCAGUAAAUUUAAGUUAACACCAGUUAAACCCAGCCUGCCCCCCCCCCCCUCCUUUUUUUUUAAAAACUUCAAUUUUUGCAGACUGAAAUUAUUGGCCUUCUCAAUAAUCUGAAUUUAUUUUUCUACUUGUAUAAAUAAAUCUAGUUGUUUUGAAUAUGAGAAAAUGAGGUCAGUAAAUUUAAGUUAACACCAAUUAAACCCAGCCUGCCCCCCCCCCCCCUCCUUUUUUUUUAAAAACUUCAAUUUUUGCAGACUGAAAUUAUUGGCCUUCUCAAUAAUCUGAAUUUAUUUUUCUACUUGUAUAAAUAAAUCUAGUUGUUUUAAGCUGUGAAUAUAUGUAAAAAUAUUUAACAUCUGCGUGUACAAUUUUAAAAUGAUAGAAUGUUAUGAGAUUUUAACCCACCAGAUCAGCUCAUCUGUACCAUAACCGGCUGUUCCUGAGUUCAUUUAUUCCUAAUACAAGUAAAAUCUUUCAAAGAGAACAUUUUUUUCAAAAUAUUGCCAGACAGUGUGGAUAAAGGUUAACUAAGGGGGUGCACUGAUUAACGCCACUCUGAUUAGAUUAGCUAAGGGGGUGCGCUGUUUAAAGCCGUCCUGAUAAGGCUAGCUAAUGGGUUGUCUUGCUUAAAUCCUCCCUGAUGUGUCUUGGGCAAUAAAUAUGAUAAAUCCUUAUAAUUUUUAAAAUGAAAACAUCUUGAUUGAUUGACAUUCAUCAGUUUACAAAAUAUCUAUGAGCUGUUUACCAUCAAUGAUGUUCGUUUUACAGGCAGUUUACGCUAGAAGAUGGCAGAGCAGUUUUACCACUCAAUAUUUCAGUAACUGGAGAUGUUACUGUAAUUGUAUACCAUGCCCGUUCUACAUUUGGUGGCAAAAUACAGGGCAAGGUUUGUGUAUAUUUUGCUUUAACGCAUCCCAAAUAUAAUAAACUAUAUCAAAAGUAAACAUGAUUUUGAUGUAACAUCUCGGUUUAUGACACAUACUUUGAACAAAAUAUUUUUAAAAAAUGGCUUUUUCUAUGAAUAAGUUUGCAAUUUUUUUAAAGGCAUUUUGCUUGUCUGCAUUUCCACAGAUUACUUCCAUGAAAAUAUUUCAAGUUCAGUUUCACACCGGUUUUGUUAAAGAAGGGACUACAGAAUUACAGUUUAACCAGUGAGUGACUCUUCUAUAGAAUUAAUAUAUAAAUUUUAAAAAAUCUGUUGAAUCACUGAUACACAGUUUUUGGUCUUUUGAUCCUGGAAAUCCAUUGCAAGUUUUGUUUUCUUCCCUCAGGUAUGACCUAGAUCAGCUGGACACAGCCGACAAAUACCCUGACCUGUUCACAGCAAUUUUUGACCUUGUAGUGUCACCAGCUGGGAGGAAUGCACAGGACAAACAGCCUUGGGACAAUUUCCCUGUGGAGAAACUCACACCCAAAAUUUUAUUCUCUUCUAAGGAGGAAAUACACCAGACAUUUUCAGAGUUCGGUGAGUCCAGUUUGGUUUGUAAGGUUGAUAUCUCUUCUCUGUACUUGAGGUUUCUUAGCUCCUUUUAUAUUAGUUAAAUCACAAGUAAUAUUUUCAGAAUUUUAAACAGAGGAAAUUAAUGGUGAGACACCCUCAAAAUUUAGUGUUGUUUGAAGAGACAAACAAGUUGAUAAAUACAGUAUAUUAUUAAUAGAGGGUGGAUCAUCCAUAAAAAUGCUGUACAAAUUUUAUGUUGUCUAACUGGUUGUUUGGCUACAGGUAUAUCAGACAGAGCCAAGACAAGAAUAAGCCGAGCCUCCAGCUUUGACGAUUCACCAGCUGAGGCUCCCAGUACUCCCAUCAAACAAGUCAGACCUAUGAAUGACAGAAAACCAGAGUCAGUCAAUGGUACCGCGGGAAAAAGUUCUUUCUUCUCUACAUUGACGUGGCAGGAUGACGGUCAUGAAGAGGAUGGCCCACCAGCUCAGCCUACAGAGUCUCAGCUGGGUCUGCUCAAUAAUCAGUCAGAUGAUGAAGAUGAUGCUUUUGGGGACUUCUCCAGGCAUAGAACAAAUGGAGGUGGGGCUGAUGUGCCAGCUGGUUACCAAACUAUCAGUGAUGCACCCAGCAAGAAAGCUGAAAGCGCAAAGAAUGUUGACCUAUUUAGUGAUGAAUUCACUGAGGACAGCGGUGAACCUCAAGACGAGGUUGUAGAUUUACUCAAUAUGAAUGCUGCUAAAUCAAAAACUGAAUCUAUUGUUGGCAAGAUCGACCUACUGAACAUUUCCGGAGAUCCUUCUAAUGUGGAUUUAUUAAGUGGGCACGGGCCAUCUCUGGCCAGCGGCUCCCGUGACCCAGAUCUUCUUGGAAUGUCAAGUGCAGAAGACACAUUUGAUCCCUUCCGGGAGUUCACAUCGGGUCCGGCACCAAUUCCUUCCAAACCUGACCUCAUGACGUCCAACAAGCCUGCCGUCAAUCAGCCAUUUGAUCCAUUCCAGAACUUAUCCGGUGGCCUCCAAGCUCCAAACACAUCAUCCCAACCAGCUGAGCCCACCACAGAGGAUGACUUCUUUGCUUUCAUGGAAGAUGCCAAGUCAAGUAGUACGAACAAAGAGCCAGAUCUAAUGACUGGCUGGAAUGCCAGCAACAUACAGAGUUUAGCUGGUGUGACCAGAUCCCCAACUCACAGUCUGACCCCGGGCGUUGGUGGUAUGCACAAAAGUGCCAGCACUGGUUCUGCUAUGAAUUUUAGUAGCCUGAUGCAGGAGCACCCUGGACGGAGCUCACCACAACCUAACAUGGCCGGACUAGGGAUGGGGCCAAUACCCAAGCAAGAUCCCUUUGCUGAUUUAGGUAAAUAUUUCAUGAACAACUUGAUUUCUUGACCACAUAACUCUUAAAUAUUUCUGUAAUGGGGACCUUAUAUUUAAUUUAGAAAAUUGUUUGGUCUAGUGCUAAGUCCAUCCAUACAUUCCUGUGGUGCUAUAGCCAGUGUUGGCCUUUGGCCUGCCUCACCACUUCCUUCCACUCAAACCUAACUGGUGCUUUUCUUUUCCAUUCUUGGAUUCCAAACUGCUGUAGAUGUUUUUCCUCAUUGUCAUUCUGUCUAAGCCCCCCCCCCCCUUUUUCACGCCUGUGUCAAACCCUAUCCCUUUUUAUUUCUGCUACUAGCGUGGGAUCCUGAUUUAGUCCAUACAAUUCGUGGUUGGUUCUUAUUCUUUAUCCCUAUUCACCCGUUGUUGCUCCUUAUAUUUUCCGAAGAACUUGUGACAUUUUACUUUCAAGUAUUUUGUGACUACAGAAGUAGUCGAUGUUCUUUCCUUUUUCUUUUAGUUAUUCAUUCUGUCAUUUAUUAAGGCUCCUAGAUAUUUGAAUUGAUUUACCUUUUCAAAAGUGUGGUUUCUAAAUUUAAUGGUUUCAUCUGUCUGUUCUUUUCUUAACAUAGUCAUGGAUUUUAAUUUUUUGGUUGUUAACUUCCAGCCCUGGUUGUAGUGAUGUGUCUUUAAUUCAAUAAAAGCUUUUGAUAUGUCUUUACUACCUUUCCCUAACAGUGGUGCCAUCGGCAAAUGCAAGAUACUGAAGGCGUCCGUUGUAGAGAGUGCCUAUUGGUUGAGUUUCACUCAGAAAGUAUCAUGCUUUGUUCCUCGGGUAUCAAUAGUAUGCUUCUUAUAACUCUCUCUAAUUUUAAGUUUGAUAGCAUACCAGAAGUCUCUUUGUCUUAGGCCUCGUCUUAUCUGAAAUUCCCUUGAAUAUUUACUCUGAACCUUGAUUUUGCUUUUUGAGUUGUUUAAUGUUACAUUUAUCAGUCUUUUCAGUUUGUUGGAUAUGGCAAACUCCUGCAGAGUCUCAUAUAGAUAAUUUUCUUUUGAUGCUGUCGUAGGCCAUUUUUAAGUCCACUUAGAGUUGGUGCACCGGGAUAUGAUAUUCAUUACAUUUCUCCAAUAGUCAUCUGAUGAUGAAAAUCUCAUCAGUCGUUGAUCUGUUUUCCCUGAAUCCACAUUAGUAAUCACCUAGUAUUUCUUCAGUGUAUAGUUGUAGUCUCUUGGCGAUAAGUUUUUUAGGGCACCAGUGAGCUCUACACACCCUUGAGUGACCUCUGCUAAUCAAAAUCUUGUAACUCAAAUUUUAACCCACUUCCUGGUCUCCAACUGAGCUGAAACUUUUUACACUUUGACUAAAGGUACAAAAUAAAACAAUUUCUGUGUCUUUCUUUCCGGCUACAUUGUACAUUUGUCUCAUAUUUCUGGCUUCUUUUUGUAUCAUAGUCAUGUUUGCUUUUAUCAUUUCUUUGACAGUCUCUCUGCAUUCAUUAUCAAACCAGCCUACUCUACUGUUAGUUUUCUGAAAACUUACUACUUUUUCUGCUGAUCUUUUCAUAGCAUUUGUAACCUGUCCCACUGUUCAUGGAUGUUGUGUUCUGUUUUUAUUUCCUCCUGUGAUGCUUCUAUUUAACCCUUACAAGUGGGGGGUCAGGGUCUGCAGCUGCUCUUCUAUAGCUUUUUACAUCUGGUAUACAAGAUCCAAAAUUAGAACAGCGCUUCUCAACCUGUGGUUUGCGACCCCUUUGGGGGUCAAAUGACUCUUUCCCAGGGAGGGGUCACCUAAGACCAUCGGAAAACACAUAUAUUCUACAGUUACGAAGUAUAAACGAAAAUAAUUUUGUGGUUGGGGGUCGCCACAACAUGAGGAACUGUAUUAAAGGGUCGCAGCAUUAGGAAAGUUGAGAACCACUGGAUUAGAACAUGGUAAAUUUGGUUAUGAGUGAUUCUGUCUGGUGAGCUCCAAGUAACUUUUUAAAUAUUUUUAUUUGGAAAAUUAGUACUGCUGUCAUCCCUUUUCCUGAAAUAAAGUCUAUCAGCCGGAUCCCAUCGUCAUUGGAUUCUUCAUGUAGAUUCUUUGCCAAUAGUUGGCAUAAACUUUGUCUUUUCCUAUUUUGGUAUUAAAGUCACCAAAUAUUAUUUUAAUAUCGUUUCAUAAAAAGAUUUUUUAUCUGACCUUCUGUAUCUUCUUCUAUAUCUUAAGGGCCCACGAUCAAUUUAUUGAUCAUUUUGGCUCCUAUGCAUGUAGAUGGGAUUUGCAAUGUUUCUGUUACUGGUGUUGAUGAGGAAAUUAUGCACUAGGGGUUUGAAGGCUUGAGGCAAUAGACACAAAUGUGUCUAGUGUUGUCGCCUCAACUGUUCCUUUUGAAAGAUGGUUCCAGUCCCUGAUUGCCUUGGGCAGGAAUGAGCAGCUCCUAUACUGGCUUCUUGCUGGUAUGAGCCUGAAUUGCCUGUCAUGGCCUCGUCGCUGUCUAUGGGGGAGAGGGACACGUUUCUGUUUAAUACUGGAACAGUGGACCCGCCCAUUAUUUAUCUUGUACAUCAUGGAGAGCCUGGAUUGUCGUCGUCGUUUCUCCAAUGGUGACCAGCCUAGUGUUUCUAGCAUGCUGCCAACACUGGAGGUAUUCCUGUAGCGGUUUAGGACAAAGCAUGCUGCUCGUCGCUGGACCGCCUCCAACCUGUCAAUGCUCUGCUGGGUAAAUGGUAUCUUUGGUGGGAGCAUGAACUUUCAAAAAAUGUUAUGUUGUGAACAUUUUCCCUCUCACUGGCAUAAGCACAAUCUUUCAUUAUCUGGCUUAAAACCUAUGAUUGCAUUGACGGCUUCUUUCUUCACAGCUUUUCCUGUUCCAAAGUAGUCGGUGUUGUUGCCACUAUAGAUUUAGUGCUACCGUACUACUCUUUUAAAAGCCUCAAAACUCAAAAAAAUGAACUCUUCUAGACUUAAGAAUAAAUAUACAAACUUUAUUUUCUUAAUUCAGGAAAUCUUAGCACCAAGAGUGCAUUUAAGGGUUCCAACCCUGGUUUUACCCAGAAACCAACAACAGUUGGAGGAACUCCUGGGAUUCCAACAGGUGAGUCAUUCUGUUCACAAACUUCUCGAAUAGAUGAGUAAGUUGAGAUGAUGAGUAAAUGAGUAAACUUUGUCAGAAACACAGCAAGCCAAUGUUUAAACUGAUUAAUGUAAUUUAUGAAUUUAAUGUCUGUAACACAUUUUUAGGAGGAUUUCAAGCAGGGUUUGGCUUGGGUCCGACUAGGCCGGCCCAUCCAUCACCCAUUGGACAACCAGUAAGGCCCCAACAACAGUCACCGCAGCAUAGGCCCCAGCAACCAGCCACACCAAGCUUUGCAAAGCCAAAUUACUCCAGCAGUGUCAUAGGUGAUAGAGAAGAUAGAGGGACAAGGAAAAGCUUUGGUAAGGAAUUUGUUUUUCUAAUUAAACACAUAAAGCUUCUUGUAACUUUAGCUUUUAUUUAUGCUUUUAUUCUCAUCCCUUAAAACCAGCAGACCGUUGGGCCAUCACAUGAAGUUGUUUCAUAAUUUCUCGCCCCUUGUCUCUGGUUAUUUACCACUGUUGCGGAUUGGUAGAAGUAGAAGCUUAUGACUAUACAUUCAGUGAUGUCCUCCAAAUGUUUCUUCUGUCUACCCCAUUUUUCCAUUUGCCAUCUCAGUGCCUUGUAAGAUGAUUUUUGAAAGACCUAUCGAUUAGCAUUGUUGAUGUGGUUUUGAAAACUUGACAAUGUAAGCACAGCUAGUUUAAUCCGUCUCUAUUCUACAAGAUAUUAAUUUCUCUUUAUUAAGGUAUUUUGUGGUCAAUAAAGUAAAUUUCAUUUUCUAAGAUUGUAUUGUGAUAUAUUAAAAAUAAUUUUGUUGUCCUUUAUUCCCCAGGUCCAAAACCUAAGGUUAGUGCAGACACAUUCAAUGAUUUAUUGGGUGAGCAAUUCUCAAGCCGUAAAGACAACGAACCAAAAACUAUUGGAGAAAUGAAAAAGAAGCUGAUGGUUGAAGAGAUGGACCCUGACAAAGUGAAGGUAUAUUUAUUGACAAUGAAAUGAAUCUCUGAAAAUGCAUGCUUAAAUCUUAACUCUAUCAAACAUUUUCAAAAUGGUAUUUUAAGAAAAUCAAAAUACAGAUUUAAAAGCAACUAGAAUUGUUGAUUAUUUAUUUUUAAUUUUCUCAAAAUGCAUUUAAAAUUAUUAAGUCUAUCUAAUAAUAGUUGUGGAUAAUAAAUUAAUUCAAUACCAUGCCAUCAUUCCAAUGUGCAAUUUUUCUUUUUUCAUGCACACCUAGGAAAAAAAUCCAUUAACAUAGUACAUUUUAAAAUCACAAAUAAUUUAAUUUUGUGAAAAGAUGCACGUUGUGUUAAGCUAAUGAGACAUAUUGUUGGGCCUGCAAACUAAUCACACAGGGUAUUUGAUUUUAUAUUUUUGCAGAUAUUGGAUUGGACAAAAGGUAAAGAGAAGAACAUUCGAGCUCUUCUGUGCUCCCUGGGCUCUGUCUUGUGGGAUGGUGAGGCUAGGUGGCAACCCAUAGGGAUGCAUCAGCUGGUGACACCUGACCAAGUCAAGAAAUUCUAUAGGAAAGCUGUUUUGUCUGUUCACCCAGAUAAGGUGAAAUUUUUUUUAGAAAUUGUUUAAAGAUGAGUUACUUUUUGAACUAAUCAAAUAAGAUUUUUUAAAGUUUUAUUAAUUUAAAUAUAAUUAUUUCAUUUAAUAAUUUGUUUAAAAAUAAAGUUCUUAAAGUUCAACCAUACAAUAAUUAACCCAUGACUGUCUUUAGCACCUGCUGUGCCCUCCCAAAUUCCAACCACCGCCUGCUUACUAAUGCUGCGGGGUGGCCAGUCAGGCCGAUAGUCACAUAUAAUGCUCUUUCAGACAUCCUAGCAACUCAGCUGCCAUGCAUUCGUCUGCUAAAAUUUACUGCUGCACUCUUGAGUGAAGCUUUUUUAUGUUAUAAGAGAAAUCUGUAUGCUUGUAUCUUCUUUCGUUAAAAAGUUAGAAGAGUUCAAAGUUUGGCAUGGCUUACCUAGCUCAUUCGCGAUGAGCUACUAAGUUAACUAGACAAGGAUAAUAAUUUUAAUAAUAAAUAAAGGACUGGGUUCAAGUUGUGAAGGAAAUAGUAUAACAAGGUAUGUGGAAGCUUGACAUAAAAAGACAGGACAAUAAAAAGAGAAUGUUUGGUUAAUGGUUAAGAGCCUUCUUCAGCAGACAGGGCUAAAAGCUUCCACUUCCUCAUACCAUGAUCUACUAUUUACUAGAUUAGCAGCAAGCUUAGAUGAUGAAACAACCAAACAGAUCGAGGUAGAAUUUAUUUAAAUUAAUGUGGUAAGUAAUAAUGACAAUGUUAGAGUUGAAGAUUGAUCUGAAAAAAAAAACUAUACAAAUCAAUACCUUUACAGUUCUGUAGAUACAGGCUUUGGUGACCAUAGGAACAGCACUUGAAUUUUUUUUAAUGCGGCGAUAGUCAACUUCGGAUAUUAUAAUUAAAAGGUUAUUCUCUAAAUAACCUUAUUUUUUUUCGUGCAUAUAACAUUUCAUUAAAUUUUAUAUUUUAUAAAAAUUUCAAUAUCAAUGAUUUUGCUUGUUUUAUAUUUUUCUUUUAAAAAGAAAUAACAUACAUUUUAAAACAGAGUUAUGUCCCUUUGCUUAGGCAGGCCGGCAAGUUUUCGUUUAUGUACUUUAAGCAGGAGUCGAUUAAGAUGUAUGUCAUUUACAGUAUCGUGAAGAAAAAAGGAGUAAAUUAAUUUUUUAUGAAACGGCUACUUGUAAUUGGUAUUUUUAAAGUUAUUUAAUAAAAUUUGAAUGCAAAGUAAAUGUCCCUCUUAUUUUGCCACUUCCUAUUUUCCCUUAACUAAAACUACCAGUGUUUUGUUUUUAAAAAUUUAAGUCUUAAGCAAAAUGUUUCAAAUUUCAGUUAACGGAUGAUCCCAAUCAACCCCUUGCCAAGCUUAUCUUUAUGGAGCUCAACGAUGCCUGGGCCAAAUUUGAAGAGGAAGGCUGCAAAGCUCUGUACUAGUGACCAAUUUUCAUUCUUGUACAUAUGCAAACAUGUAUGCAAAAUCUUUUCACGUGAUGAAUAUUGACCCAGCAGUAAGAGAGCUAGUUAUUUGUUUAGAGUAGUUGGAUACAAGUGGUUAGAGGUCCAUAUCAAAUUAUUAUUUUUUUAAAAUGAAAACAGAAGACUGAAUUUUCAACAUGCUGAGGUUUGAAUAUGCUGCUAGUUGACUUGUUACAUUGUUAGUCACUUGUUAGUGAACCUUAGAUUAGGAAUGCUUAAUUUAAGGGUUAUCGCUCCCAAUAUUGAUGGAGAAAUGCACAAAGUUGAGAUGGAUACAUUGUCAUAACUGUAUUAGUGUCAUUGAAUGUUCCUACUUUUGCCAGACUAUUCAAAUGGAAACUCAUUAGUGAGACAUGUGCCACUUUUAUUGAGACUGGGAAUAGUAAUGGGAUUCAUAAAGUCCAAAUAAAGAAUUUUCUUAAAGGCUUUGUCACAGUAUCAAAUGAAUUGCAUGUCUGUGAAUAUUUUUGACAAGCAGGUAAAUUGGAUCAAAGCUGCGUUCUAUAUAUUCCAGAAAUUGUUUAUUUUUAUCUGGCUAUACUAAGUGUUGUGAAACUUGCCUAGCAAGCAAAGUUGAACUUUGCUGUCCAUGGAAUAGCUCUCUCUACUGACUUACUUUAUUGUGCACUGUUAAUGUUGUCUCCCAGUAGGAUUUCUUAUCUGCUCAUACGGCUGAUCAGUUUUUCAGCCUCAAAAGUUUCACUCGUAACUUAGCAUUUAUUCAUGUUGGUUUUGUUCAAUUAGUGCGUAGAUGUGCGGACAUGUACACACUGUGAUAGCAUGUUAAUUAAAUAGAUUAUGCUCUGUGAGUGUAGGCGUGAGUAAAAUAGAUAACGUGACUAAAUUAUUUGAAUUGACUAUUAUUGUCAUCUAUCUAUCAAGUGGUGGACCAGAAUUGUGUUUUAUUUGUAUAUAAUAUAAUGAAAUUGGUGAGUGACUGCUUAUGUAGUGGACAGAUAAUUGUACUUAAAAAAUUAUUUUAUUUUUAUGUGUAUCAUAAAGCAUGUGUUGCUUCCUUUCAAUUGUUUUAUUUUCUCCCCAAUGUCUUAAUAAGCCAGUACUCUUUAUCCCUUUUAAUAUAUUCCACAUAUUAUAAUUUUACUUUGUAAUUUGCUUCUUUUUUACAUUCCAAAAUUGGAAUUUUUUUUUACAACCUUGUCUGCAGAUUUAGCAUCCUAUUUGUUCAACUGACUUGGGGUGAUUUUUAAAAAUAUUUCUUUUUAGUGCAGCACACUACUUACAUAUUCCUUGCAAGUGCUGAUGUCAAUUUGCUGCUGUGUUCCACUUACCUGAAAUAUUCACCUCUUUAUUUAUUUGGGCACAAUCUUUCUUCCCUGUGCUCUUAGCAAAUUUAAAUUACUUCAUUUUUGUGUUCAUGCUGCUUUUGUUUUCUAUUGUUAUUCCACAUCUAGAAUACAUGAAUUGGUCACCUUAGAAUCGGUGGUAUGGAUCUGGUUAACAAGCAACUUGAUUUUCAAGCAUUUCGUGGAUUUAUUUUAUUAUUUAGUCAAUUAAAAAGCAAAAGGGAUUAAAAGUAUUUGAGUUUUUAGGCCGAUACUGUCUUUCAUGUUGAGUUUAAAGAUACAAGUAGUCUUUUUAUGUGUGAUAAAAACAUAAAUUACUUACUCACAAAUUUUUCUAACAAUUUAAGGCAAAUAUUUUGCAAUUCUAACAAUCCUGUGCAAGAUCAUUAGUGGAAAUAAUGAAUCUUGUAGCCAUUAGGUUACAUGUUUGUCCAAAGCCUGUCAACCUUUCUACUUUAUAAACAAUGUUCCUGCAUUUUCUACAUUAAAUUGUUUGUAAAAUUUGUCAUUACAUCUGCCUGGCUAAUCAAUCCAUAAUUCCCUACUCAGGGCCGGAUUUCCCAUAGGGUUAACCUAGGCCAUAGCUCACCAUUUUGUACACAUUUUUCAGUGGAGAUUUGAAUUCAAAAUAUAACAUGUUUCAAAGAUUAUAAAGAUUGUAUUCAGCAACCAUGUUUCAAAAAUAAACUUAUAUUAAAUUGGAAGUUAUGAAUCAAGUUUUUGAGAGGCGUAGAGUUAUGUGCCUUGGCCUAGGGUGCAGAAAUGUGUAAAUCCCGCCCUGCCCCUACUAAUUUCAAUCACACUCCAAUUUAAUCUUUUUUUUUUGUUCUCAUCACAUGGAACUCAAAAGAUUAUUACUUAACAAAAUGUUGAUUACAAUGAACUUUUACAUUCUCAUUCCAUCACAUGGACAGAGCUCACUUAUUCAUAUUUUACACAAUUACAGAAAGCUACAGUUUGGUCUAUAUAUUAGGAAGAAAAAUGUCUAUAGAAAUAUACAAAAUGUUUUGAAGUUUACUUUAAGAAGCUUCUUGUUAUCAAGUAAAUUGAUUCAAAUUUAAUGUUACUGUAGCACUAAAUUUUUUAAAUUAAUUUUUGGUGCCCCCCCCCCCCACACACACACACCUGACACCAAUACAAAAUUUUAGUGUAAAAAAAUAAAUUAUACUGUUACAAUUUAGCAAAAAAUAAAUAUUUAAUUUGAAAAUUUUCAUUUUUCAAAAUAAUAAUUUUUUUUUCUUUUAGUUUGGUCAUUCAAAUUUCUUUGAAUAUUCAUAGUAUGGUAAGCUUCAAAUAGUUGUAUUAUUACUUGUAAUUAAUAGAUAUUUAAACUUAAGAUACAUAUAAUAUUACUGGGGUUUCUUUUGUUCAAGCUGUA